AUGUCAUGGGAUGAGCGAUUCUCCAAUACCACUUCAUCUCAAUAUCAGUCAGCCGUGCGUAAUAUUUCGGCAACGUUGACCGCUGCCUUGAUGUCAGAUGAUUCCACCAAGAUCUCCUCCUUCGCAGCAUUUUCGAAAGGUACCAUGGCAUCCGUACAAGUAGCUCAACUGAGUAAAGGAAAGAACAACACGAUCGUGAGUUUUGCCUAUGGAGUAGUGUACGGCGAUGAAACCCUCGCUUCGUUACCUUCAUACAAGGAUAUCCAGUCCAAACUCGACAGCGAUACCAAGGUCGUCAACAGCGCUACAGUCGCUAGCGUUUCCAGUCCAAGCACUGAUCCGUGCGCCUACCAGCAACCCUCUUCAACCUUAGCACCACGGACCACAUCUCGAAUGGAGACAACACCUAACAACUUAUGGACGUCUCAAGUAACUGUGAAGACCACCGCACCUGCCCUUACGACAAUUCUGCCUAGGACUUCCCCAACAGCUAAAUUGAGUUCAGCUUCUACCCGUCGCUUAACUACUGCUGCUCGCUAUACCUCAUCUGCUGUGACUUCCAAUGAAAUAGUUCGACCUCGUCGUACUUGA